CGGAGCCUGCAAGGCCGGCGCAGAGCAUUGUUCCGGUUGAAGAGCUGCUCCUCCGAUACUCAGGCUCCUGGAGGCUUAAGGAGUCUCCUGGGGCAACGUUCUCUACCUCUGAAGGGAAACGGUGGCCUCUUCCCUGCUCUCCUUGGCUAUGGAUACCGAAUCCACCUAUUCUGGAUACUCUUACUAUUCAAGUCAUUCGAAAAAAUCUCACAGACAAGGGGAGAGAAGCAGAGAGAGACACAAGUCACCCCGGAGUAAAGAUGGCAGAGGGUCGGAGAAGUCUGUCACUAUCCAAGCGCCCACCGGAGAGCCCCUGUUGGCGAACGAUUCCGCUCGGACAGAGGACGCUCAGGAUGACAACUGGGGAGAGACCACCACGGCCAUCACAGGCACCUCGGAGCACAGCAUCUCCCAGGAGGACAUUGCUAGAAUCAGCAAGGACAUGGAGGACAGCGUGGGCCUGGAUUGCAAGCGUUACCUGGGCCUCACCGUCGCCGCCUUCCUGGGACUUCUAGUUGUCCUCACCCCCAUCGCCUUCAUCCUGCUGCCCCCGAUCCUGUGGCGGGAGGAGCUGGAGCCCUGUGGCACCAUUUGUGAGGGACUCUUCAUCUCCGUGGCUUUCAAACUCCUCAUCCUGCUCAUCGGGACCUGGGCACUCUUCUUCCGCAGGCAGAGGGCCGACGCGCCGCGCGUGUUUGUGCUCCGGGCCCUCCUCAUGGUCCUCGUCUUUCUGUUCGUGAUUUCCUAUUGGCUUUUUUACGGGGUCCGGAUUUUGGACUCGCGGGACCGGAACUACCAGGGCAUCGUGCAAUAUGCAGUGUCCCUUGUGGACGCCCUUCUCUUCAUCCACUACCUGGCCAUCGUCCUGCUGGAGCUCCGGCAGCUGCAGCCCAUGUUCACGCUGCAGGUGGUCCGCUCUACCGACGGCGAGUCCCGCUUUUACAGCCUGGGACACCUGAGCAUCCAGCGAGCGGCCCUGGUGGUGCUGGAGAAUUACUACAGAGACUUCACCAUCUAUAACCCCAACCUCCUCACGGCCUCCAAAUUCCGAGCAGCCAAGCACAUGGCCGGCCUCAAAGUCUACAAUGUAGACGGCCCCAGCAACAAUGCCACCGGGCAAUCCCGGGCCAUGAUUGCUGCCGCAGCUCGGCGCAGGGAUUCGAGCCACAACGAGCUGUAUUACGAAGAAGCGGACCAUGAGCGUCGGGUAAAGAAGCGGAGAGCAAGAGAGGGAAAGAAGGGUGGCCGUGAGCCACCCAAGCUGGCCUUCCUAGAGCGUUACCUCAGCGCCGGCCCCACCCUGCAGUAUGACAAGGACCGGUGGCUCUCGACUCAGUGGAGACUCGUCAGUGACGAGGCAGUGACUCACGGGUUGAAGGACGGAAUCGUUUUUGUCCUGAAGUGCCUGGACUUCAGCCUCGUCGUCAGUGUGAAGAAGAUACCCUUCAUCGUCCUCUCAGAAGAAUUCAUAGACCCCAAGUCUCACAGAUUCGUGCUUCGCCUACAGUCCGAGACAUCGGUUUAGGAAGUUCGAUAUUUGUGGCUUUAUAAAGAAAAAAAAAAAGUAUAUAUAGGUGUGUGUGUGUGUGUGUGUGUGUGUGUGUGUGUGUGUACCAGAGGGGUGUCUUUCUGUGUGAUUCCUCAUUGCUGACUGAAACUGGCAGGUGAUAGACCAGUAGUCCCCUUUGGCCAUCUGCACUUUAUCCAGAAGGAGGGUGGGGGGGGGUGUGUGGUGACGACAUCUCACUCCUGUCGGUGGGACUUCUCAAGACACCCUUCCCCGGAGUUUCUCUGCAGCUGUUCACCAAACUGGAGCUGGUGGCGCAUUUUUGGGAACCUUGCCUUACAACUAGUCCCUGCCUUUCUCUGGCCACGUUCUCCCAUCGCUUCCAGGGCACCCAAGGGGCUUGGCUCAUUCAAGAAACCAGGCGUUCCAUGUCCACUUAUGUCUGUGUGCAAAUGUUCUGCUCCCACAGCCCCCUUGUGGAGCCGGACAGCUCAGAAAAUGCCUUGCUGUCUGUGUUCUCAGUUGCCUUAGGUCCUUCAGGGAAAGGUUACAGCGACAAGGAGUAUGGACACUCACUUUACAUCGAUCAAGUGAUUGGAUUGGAUUUUCCCAAAGAGGAAGCCACCCAUCCCUGUUUCUUAGCCUCUGGCUCUGAUUGACUCCUGUGUUUACUCCAUCCCCGACCCACCCCCCUCACCCCACACUGACCAUCUGCUGGAAGCUCUCACAAGAAGGGCCCUUCUUUCAGGGUUGAUCAGGACCUGGUUCAUCCUUUGAGCACUUGGGCCGGUUUCACAGGUCAGGCCCUCUAUGUGAGAAGGUAUAGAAAUGCCCACCAGGGUACAGGAAUCCCAGCCUUUCCAGCCUCACCCACCUGCCCCGCCCCCUCAUACACUGUCCCACACCAACCAGGGGAGACCAACACUGUGACCUUUCACCGGCUGGUGCAGCUUGGUGCCGCCUUAGUCUCCAUGGACAAUAAGAUCACUCGAAGCUUUCGUACCAAGCCACCCUGCCACGAGAAACCAAGCAUUGCCUGCUGCCCUGGUAACGGCUGAUGUCCAGUCUCUGUGCUCUCGCCCCCCUUGAGCAAACCCUCUUGGCUGUGUCCACCCCUGACUUUGAUAGUACUUUCAGGAGAGGACAGAUGGGGGAGAAAGUAAAACCGUAACGGCUGUCAGGCUUAGAGGAGAAGGAUGGAGCUAGACUUGGGGUCUAGAAUGACCUGUGUCUGGAAGAACAACUGUUUUUAGUAGCCUCCUCUCUGGCUUUGAGAGACAGACGCUACCUGGGGAAGCAGCCGUCCCAGAAUUCUGCAGUCACCUCUCAGGGCGACGGCCUUGGUCUCUUGGCUCCACAACAAACCUUGAGAAAUGCAUGCUUCUGCCAGGUGUCAGGGAAAUGCACAGACCUUGCUUUAUUAGGAGGACGCUGGGAGGGCUCUGUGUGUGUGUGUACACGCCUGCUGCCUAUGCAUCUUGGGUACACAACGGUGUGUCUGUAUGGUUUUUAAAAUCCAAAUUGGCUUUGGGCAUCUGUCAUACACCUGGACAUGACAAAGUGAACACCAGUCUGGAAUGGGUAGCCCACAGCUCCCCGACAUGUGCUGGGGGAGAAGCAAGGAGGAUGGAGUGACAGCUGCCUACAGCCCAGCUAUCCCACAGCUGUUUCCAUUUCUGAAAGACAUGCCACCUACCUACCCAUGAUGCUCUUAGUUGUUGCCGUAGGUCCCUUCAAGGCUGGAAGUUCCUUAUGGAGGCAUCUUUCUCAGGAAAUAUCUUUUGGAAGAUAGGGUGAGAGGUAGUAGCCGUGCGUGAGACUUUGGCUGCGUAAAGGUGAUCACACGUAGAGAAUGUGCCCAGGGCCGCUGCACCACGACCACAGGGCAGUUGAGUUGGAAGUGCCAGCAGUUCAUCUUGGAUGAUGCUCUUGUUUGCCCGCAUGUAGAGUCUGACUACCUCCGAGCCCAUUGGGCAGAGUUUAACUGUCCCAGUGGGUUUAACAUGGAGUCACUGGGUGGAUUUGAACCGCCAACCUUUUGGUUCGCAGUUAAAGAACGGCACAGUCCCUUGGGCCACCACAUACCUUAUGGUGAAUUGAGCUCAAGCAGAACAAAGAUCGUGAAGAUGACGUGGGGCCCGGCAUCGUUUGCUCAGUAUGAGUUGAUGGUUCACUAUGCCAACGUGUAGGCACCUAACAUCAGCAACCUCCUCGACGUCUUGCACAUCUGCAUUCAACAAACGGUGCAUAGACCCUCUCUCCAAUUACCUUCCCUGAAGAGGUGCAGGUGGAGACCCACAGCCUCCCGGGAGGGGGAAGGGGGCAUGUCGUGUGUCCUCUACAGCAGAGUGGGGACGAAAGGUCCGAGUGAAGGAAUGUAUUCCCACCUCCUCUUCCCCCACAUCCAUCCUUUGCACGGGAGGACAGCAGACUCUAGAAUUAUUCUGGUGUUCAGUCGAAUGUCAUUUUUUUUAUACUGACUUUGUAUCAAGUUCAUUUUGGAAGAAUCACAAAAUAAAACGCAAGAUCCUUGUCAAGC